GGCACUCCACAUAUUACAACCUUUGACCCCAGCGACCGUCGGUACUUCAGCCAAUGAAUGCUUCGCCCUCAAGGUCGAGGGUCAAAUUUACACUUGUCCAACAUGGCAGAUGCGAGGCUUCCAACACUUGUCCCCUGCCUGAAUGUCAAGGACCCCCACUUUGAUGGGGUUGUCGUGGUAACAGAUUCCAUCUCCAAACUGACAGGUGACUUGGAGUGUCUGAAAGCUCCUUUGGAGAACUAUGGAAGGGUGGACAGUGCGUUGGAGAAGGACGUGGUACUGGUGCAGACAGAUGAGACAGUUGUGCCGUCCCGGAGACUGAUCUUCUCCCCCACUGGCCCUCUGAACCGUGACCAGGACGAUGUGAGGAGCUUCGCUGAUGCAGGACUCAAGGGCAUCAAAAGAGCACUACAAGCAGGUUGCAAGGCUCCCCUCUUUGUCAGACCCAUUGACGACAGCUUCCCCAGUGCAGGCCUUGUUGCAACACUGGGGGCCCUACAGGCUCUGUAUGUGCCUCUAGAGGUUCGGGAGGCGGUGCCAGCUAAAGCCAUCAAGGCGGAGAAGCUUGGGAUAUGGUGUAAUGACGAAGCUCGUGUUAAAAAGGGGAUCAUCAUCAACAAUGCCCUGGAGUAUGGGAGACUGGUGACACGUGACAUUGGAGGAUCCGACCCAGAGAGAAUGGCGGCUCCUCGAGUGCUGGAAUAUGUCCAGGAAGCUUUCAAAGACACCUGUAUCAAGGUGUCUGUGGUAUCGGACAGGUCUGUCAUUGAGAAGGAAUACCCACUGAUGGCUGCAGUCAACCGAUCAGCCAGCUUUGUGGAGCGGCACCAGGCUCGACUCAUCUACCUGGACUAUGAUGGGGAGGGUGAUACAGACGAGACCAUCUUCCUUGUUGGCAAGGGCAUCACUUACGACACUGGCGGCGCUGACAUCAAGGCUGGGGGUGUCAUGGCCGGAAUGCACCGAGACAAGUGUGGGGCCGCAGCAGUUGGGGGAUUCUUCAAGAUUCUGUCUGCCCUGAAGCCAAAGGGUCUGAAAGCUCGUGGCGCCAUGGUGAUGGUCAGGAACAGUGUGGGAUCUGAGUGCUAUGUGUCUGACGAGAUCAUCACUUCCCGAGCUGGGGUGAGGGUGAGAGUUGGCAACACAGACGCUGAGGGCAGAAUGGUCAUGGCCGACGUCCUGUGUAAAUUCAAGGAAGAUGCUGUAAAAGCAGUAAAGCCGCAAAUCUUCACCAUCGCUACAUUGACUGGUCACGCUAUCAGGGCCAUGGGACCAGAAUAUUCUAUAAUCUUGGACAAUGGCCCGGCCAAACAGCUGGGGACUGCUCAGAAGAUUCAGAAGGGAGAGGAGUAUGGUGACCCCUUUGAGAUCUCCACCAUUCGUAGGGAGGACUAUGUGUUUGUCUCGGGAAAGUCGGAGUAUGAGGACGUCCUCCAAGCAAACAACCUCCCAUCCAGCGCCACAGCCAGAGGACAUCAGUCCCCUGCAGCCUUCAUGAUCAUGGCGGCCGGCGUUAAUAAGCAUGGCAAGGACUCGGACAAGCCCAUCCCCUACUCCCAUAUCGACAUCGCCGGCUCCAGUGGACCCUUCCCCGGAGUCCCAACAGGGGCCCCGAUUGUAGCCCUCGCUGCAACCUUCGUCCUGCCGAGAUGCUAGAGCCAGAACCAAAUAUUCAAAUUUCCUGACAAACAAAUAUCCGAUCAAACCUUAAUGUAGACUAUAGUCAGUAUGGGAAGCCGGACUUUACUUAUGUCUUGAUCAACAGGGUUGGGCCAAAA